AUGAAAUCUAAAUUGACAGCUCUUGCAAAGGCAAACAUCGAACAAAAGAAACAAGCCGAGAAAUCAUCACAAGACUCUAAAGCCAAAUAUGAUGCAGAAAUUGCAAAUCUCAAACAACAACUUGAUGCAAUCAAAUCUGUUGCAAACAUCGAACAAUCUACACCAGAAAACAUAAUCCCAACUAAGUUACAACAGAUCUUACAAAACAACCAACAAGAAAAUGAGAAACUUUCUAAGGAUCUUCAAACAACUAAAUCUGAAAACGACAAACUAACCAAAGAUUUACAGAAUUCCAAGUCAGAAAAUGAGAAACUCAAUAAUGAAUUGAAGUCAACAAAGGCUGAUAAAGAUAAUUUGUCUAAGGAACUUCAGCAAUCUAAAUCUGACAAUGAAAAUCUCGCUAAAGAAUUGCAAACAACUAAAUCAGAUAAGGAUAAAUUAGAAAAUGAUCUCAAAUCAUCUAAAUCUGAUAACGAGAAACUCAACAAUGAAUUGCAAUCAGUUAAAUCAGACAAUGAUAAGCUUAACAACGAUCUUCAACAAACUAAAUCUGAAUUACAAGCAGAGAAGAUGAACAAUGAAAAGCUUAACAAUGAGAAUGAGAAAUUGUCGAAUGAUCUUCAACAAUCAAAGAAUGAAAAUGAGAAAUUGACUAAAGAUGUUGAAAACGAGAAGAAUAACACGAAGAAACUUGCUAAGGAACUUAUCACAGAAAGAGCAGCAAACAAGAAGAUUGUUCAAGAAAUUGAAACUGUUAAACAAAAUGAUCAAAAGAAUGUUGACGAGUUACAAAACGUCAAGUCAGAAAACGAGAAAUUGAAGAAAGAAUUAGAUGCAGAAAAAGAAACAAACAACAAAUUGUCUCAAGAACUUUCUACAUCUAAAGCAAACAAUGACAAACUUUCUCAAGAACUCUCAAUAACUAAAGCAAAUAAUGACAAGUUAUCUAAAGAUUUGGGUGAAUCUAAUACAAACAAUGAGAAUUCCAAUGAAGAUCUUUCACAAGAGAAGGCAAAGAACGAACAAUUAACUAAAGAUUACAAUGAUCUCAAGGCCAAUAACGACAAAUUAACUAAAGACAGUGUUAAAUUGGCCAAGGAACUCAUUGCAGAAAGAAACAACAGCAAGAAAAUUUCACAAGAACUAGAAGCAGCCAAAUCAAACAACGACAAUCUUUCCAAACAAUUAGAACAAGAGAAAUCCGUGAAAGAAAAUAUUUCAAAGGAUCUCGCACAACAAAAGUCCGAAAACCUAAAUCUAUCCAAGCAAUUGCAACAAGAGAAAUCAAAUAAUGAAAAUCUCAAGAAGGAAAUUGAAGAAGAAAGAACUGAAAACCAAAAGCUUCAAAGCGAUCUCCAAAAUGCAAACAACACAAUCAAUUCUAUUGAAUCAUCAUUAGGUUUGUCACCAUCACAGAAUGCAGAUGAAGCAAAGAAGAACUUAGAACAAGCAUUGAACCAAAAGAACGACAGAAUCAAGAUGUUAAAGAACGCUUUAGUUUCUGUAAACAACGAAAUGGAUAAGAGAUUAGAAGAAAAGCAACCAAGCAUGACAUCAUCAUCCAAACUCAACUUAAUCUUGAACAAGAAGGAUGAAGAAAUCUCAGAUCUUAAGAAACAAAUCGAAGCUCUCAAACAAGAAAACUCCAAUUUAGUCAAACCAGAAGAACUCCAAAUGUACAAGAAAGCAGCAGCUAAAUUAGACAAAAUGAUUAGAUCAUUGUCACCAAAUGGAAAUGAUCCGAAUAAGCCAACACAAGAAAUCUUUAAUUAA